UAGAAACAAUUUGUCCAAAUUAACUCAACCCAAUUUCCAUCUAACACAAAUCCUUUACGUAACGCAACUUCAUCAUCCGUCGCUAUUCUAAUAAGCUAAGUCAAAUUAUUGAAAAAUGUGAAAGUAUGAUUUUUUUUUUUUCCUUCAUCAAAGAAAAAACGGUUAAUAAUUUAAUUUUUCUUGUCUGAUUCUUUGACUAUCCCCAAAUAUUAAUUCGAUAAACGAGGUUUUGUUAAUUUUCAUGGCUUGCAAAGGAAGGCGAAGCGUCUAAGCAUCAAAUUCGUAGCUCAGUUUAUUUCCCUGGAAUCUCCUGGAAACUCUAAGUACACUGUGACCCAUGUGAUUUCUCUCUGCUAAGUAGAGAACUGUCUCCUAGGCAUGGAAGUUCUGUCUUGUAGCUCGAUUCCACGCAGUAAUAUUGUAUUUCCAAGGACAAAAUGUGCUAGAAAAAGCUUGAAUCCAAGUUGUGUAAACCUCUCUGGCUUCAGAAGACGUAAGAUCUUGUGUGCUAGAAUCAAAGCUAGAACCAGAUUUUCUUGGUCAAAGCAUCACCAUGAAAGUUCUCAACUAAAGGUCCUAUGUAGAAGCUACGGUGGUUAUGUCCUUGAUGGAGAAGAAGGAGGUUCAGUAAGUAUAUCGGAGAGUGGUGAAUCGGCAAGUAAAGUGCAAAUUCCUGGUUUGCCUGAUGAAUCUAAUGGUGAAUCCAGUGCUGAAAUCAGUAGUGGCUUUUGGGAAUGGAAACCAAAACUUAGUGUGCACUAUGAAAAAGCUGGAUCUGAAAAUGUGAACUCUCCACCAGUGCUUUUCCUUCCUGGUUUUGGGGUUGGUUCGUUCCAUUAUGAGAAACAACUAAAAGAUUUGGGACGUGAUUAUAGAGUAUGGGCCAUAGAUUUUCUUGGGCAGGGCAUGUCAUUACCAGUUGAAGAUCCCACUUCACAUUCUAAUGAAGGAAAUGAAUCAGAUGGGAAAGAUUCUUCUUGGGGUUUUGGAGAUAAGACUGAACCAUGGGCAUCUGAGCUUGUCUAUUCUAUUGAUUUAUGGCAGGAUCAAGUUCGCUAUUUCAUCGAACAGGUCAUCGGUGAACCAGUCUACAUUGUUGGCAAUUCACUCGGAGGGUUUGUGGCGCUAUACUUUGCAGCAUGCAAUCCUGAUUUAGUAAAGGGCGUCACAUUGCUAAAUGCAACGCCAUUCUGGGGAUUUUUUCCUAAUCCUACAAGAUCGCCGAGAUUAGCAAAAAUAUUUCCUUGGAGUGGAAAGUUUCCAUUACCAGACAACGUGAGAAAGCUCACAAAGCUUGUUUGGCAGAAAAUAAGCGACCCCGAAAGUAUAGGAGACAUCCUUAGGCAAGUCUAUGCAGACCACACAACAAAUGUCGACGAUGUAUUUAGUCGAAUUGUUGAGACAACACAGCAUCCAGCUGCAGCUGCAUCAUUUGCAUCAAUCAUGUUUGCCCCUCAAGGGAAACUAUCCUUUUGGGAAGCUUUAACAAGAUGCCAUGAGAAUUCAGUGCCAGUUUGUUUAAUGUAUGGAAAAGAGGACCCUUGGGUGAAACCCGUUUGGGGGCUUGAGGUGAAAAAGCGAGUGCCUGAGGCUCCAUAUUAUGAAAUUAGCCCUGCUGGCCACUGCCCUCAUGAUGAAGUCCCUGAGGUUGUAAACUUUUUACUACGAGGGUGGAUAAAAAACAUAGAGACAGAAGGUUUAGUGGGAUUGCCACUAGUGGGGGCACAAGACAGCAUUGGAGAGGACAAUGUUGUUAAAGAUUUGGAAUUUUUAAGAGAAGGAUCAAAGAAAUCUGUGUCUGUUCGAUUGUAUGGAUCCCCUUCUUCAGUUUUGGAUCGGAUAACCUCUUUGUUUAAACUGCAACAGUCAAAGCUUAACAAUUAAGCCUCAUUGUUUAAUUAUCUUAGGAAGGAUUCUUCUUUUUUCUUUUUUUUUCUUUUUUCCACUCGUUUAUUUCGACUCUGCUUGUUUUAUACUUUGUAAAAAUUGUAAGAAAAAGAACAGAAAAGAAGGAUACAGAUUGGGAAA